AUGGAAUUUCAUGCUGUCGGUAUACGACUUCUGCCUCUUUUUCCGAACAUUGAACCAUCUUUUAAUGAGGCGAGCACACAGCGAGGUCUCUCAAGCACGCCAGCUGCAUGACAAAGUGUUUCCGCUCUGGCUCGACCCUCCACACAGCGAACAGAGUCGACACGAACGGCAGUAUUACUUACUGGUGAGUGUCAGUCGCAACAAUAUCCUACAGGACGCCUUCGAUCAGCUCUGGCAACGCAGAAAGUCAGAGCUCCGACGUCCGCUCCGAGUUCGACUUGGCGAAGUGGACGAGCUUGAGGUUGGACAUGAUCUUGGGGGCGUCCAAAUCGAAUUCUUCAACCUCGUGUGCAGAGAAGUCUUCUCCGAGCAAGCCCAACUGUUCACUACCGACUCAACGACAGGCUGCAGCUACUUCCGUCCCGGUUGUCUUCAGCCUCUCUACAUGUUCGAAUUGGUCGGGCUGCUCAUGGCCCUGGCGAUUUACAAUGGUAUCACGCUGCCAGUGAACUUGCCUUGGGUCUUCUACUACUUCCUAGCCCACAACGGAGAAGGACCUGGAUCUCCUCGCGAUCACAUUACG